AUGGCGACAUCACCAGUCGCCGUUGUGUGCGUCGGAAUGGCCGGCUCAGGCAAGACUACCUUCAUGCAACGGAUAAACAACUACCUCCAUGUGAACAAAACGAAACCUUACGUUCUGAAUCUCGACCCUGCCGUGCUCACCGUCCCUUUUCAACCAAACAUCGACAUUCGCGAUAGCAUCAACUACAAAGAAGUGAUGAAACAGUACAAUCUGGGCCCGAACGGCGGCAUCCUCACAUCGCUUAACCUCUUUGCAACCAAGAUCGACCAGAUCAUUACACUGCUGGAGAAGCGCGCAAACCCGGCGCCAGACAGCAAAGUCGCACCUCCGAAGCACUUCUUAGUCGACACACCAGGACAGAUAGAGGUGUUUGUCUGGUCGGCAUCAGGCAGUAUCUUGCUCGAAUCUCUCGCCUCCUCAUUCCCGACGGUCAUCGCAUACAUCAUCGACACACCCCGGACUUCUUCCACGUCGACGUUCAUGUCCAACAUGCUCUACGCAUGCUCGAUACUGUACAAGACCAAACUACCCAUGAUUCUGGUGUUCAACAAGACAGACGUCCAGGACGCCGAGUUUGCACGAGAAUGGAUGACGGACUUUGAAAAAUUUCAGGAGGCGCUCCACGAGGAAGAAAACAAGGGCGUCUUCGGUGGCGAGGGCUUCGGUGGGAGUGGAUACAUGGGUAGCCUGCUGAACAGCAUGAGCAUGAUGCUCGAGGAAUUCUAUUCGCACUUGAGCAUGGUAGCAGUUUCAAGCAUGACUGGCGAUGGUAUCGACGACUUCUUUGCUGCUGUGGAAGAGAAGCGGAAAGAGUUCGAACGGGACUAUAGACCGGAACUGGACAAGAGACGCAAAGAAAGAGAGGCCGAGAGCGCCACAAAACGAGAACAGGAACUUACGAAAGUGAUGAGAGAUAUGAAUGUGAACGCGCGGCCGAAGGCACCAGAAAAAUCGGUGGCGAAGGAAGAGUCUUCUGACGAGGAGGAUGAUGACGACGCGAACGACCCAGAUAAUUAUCCAGAUGCAGAGCGGGAUGACGAGGAUGAGGAAGGUCUGAAGCGGAGAUACACUAAUGCUUUGCGUGAGCAAGGUAUUGUGGUCGACGUUGACGACCCUACCGUGGCCCAAAUGAUGGCGCAGAUCCAACGAUCAGUACGAUGA